GCACAGACAACCUUGAGCAAUUCUGUAAUGAGCUCCCCUGAGCCACGGCGAGACGCUCUCCCACCUUGUUCUUCACGCCCCAGGCGGCUACGUGUCGCGUCAUUGCGUUAAUACUGUCUGCAGUCGAGACGCGACGUCACAGUCUCAUCUCGCGAGACUACGAUACUCUGGGAACGCAGGCAGGAGCGGAGGAGCUGGGUAUUUACACGGCGGUGGUGGCGAUUUAAACGUCGAUGCUGCAGGACACUAACACGGCAAUGUGGAUCAUUUAAACAGCGACUUGGGACUGCAGGCUGUGCAAUGCCAAUGCCACUGGGAAACUACUUAGCUGGAACAAUGGCAGAUGCCGUUCAUUACAUCCACUUGCAGAACUUCAGCAAGUCUCUCCUGGAGACUCUAAACGCCCAGCGAUUAGGUGGGCAUUUUUGCGACGUGACUGUUCACAUACACGAUGCAACUCUACGGGCCCACCGUUGUGUCUUGGCAGCUGGAAGUCCCUUCUUCCAUGAUAAGCUGCUCCUGGGUUAUUCUGAAAUUGAGGUUCCACCAGUGGUGCCCACCCAAGUUGUACAGCAGUUGGUGGAAUUUAUGUAUUGCGGCUCGCUGGUUGUUGCCCAAUCGGAAGCAUUGCAGAUUUUAACCGCAGCCAGUAUACUCCAAAUCAAAACGGUCAUUGAUGAAUGCACGCAAAUCAUAUCUCAGAGUAGAGCCAACAAACCAGUGAAAAUCGCUGGUGCUAUGUCGUCUUGUGGCCCGCAAGGGAGAUCUAUGAACAAAAUUCAAGAGCAAGCAUCCAAAGAUUCUGACGGUCCAUCCUCUAUUGGCUUAAGAGACUCAAGUUGUUCUAUUCCAUCGGCAUUAAGAAAUAACGACAUUGAAAUAAUCGCACAAAUGGGAGCGGUCAAUGAAGCGCCCAAAAUACUGUGUGCUUCGGAAGUGCGUUACAAACUAAGAGAUAUGCUUUCAGCACAGCAGAGGCAGCUACCGGAAGUACGGGAGAUAACGGUGUCCGAAGGGGAGCCAGUUUCUGAAGGUGAAAGCCUAGCAACUGCCUAUAUCACACAGACGGAGGCUCCACAAAGCUGCCACAGCCGUAAACAGCGCCAGCCAGUACGUCUUCAGCUUUCAGAUUCCGUACCUGUAAUCAUCAAAGAUGAGGAGGAAGAAGAUGAUGAAGAUAGCAAUGCGAGGGAAGGAGGUGACGAAGAUGAUAAAAUUACUGCAUAUAAUGAAUGCAGUGGGGGCUUUCCAAUUUGCAGUGAAAAUGAAAAGGCCAGAAGUCCAGAAGAUAAAGUUCGCAAUGCAGGAAAUGGCAGAAAGGACUCAUCUGGUCAAAUGGAAUUCUCCUCAGAAGGACCGGAUUUCUUUACCAACCAGGAUGUAUUCUCUGAGUCCUUUAUACCUCCUUGGCAGAAUGAAGAAAACCUCCCUGAAGGAACUAGGGAGAACCCGAUUGAAAACGCAGAGAAGUUCCACCCUGACUGCAGUUUGGAAGGCUCCAGCCUUAGAAAUCUGGCAGUUGUCGCUAGUGGCGACUUCAAAUCAAGUCCACCGUUUAAUUCGAGAGUUGGUGAAUCCAGAACACUUCCAUUUGUCACUUCGGCGGUACCUCGAGAUCUAAAGAAUUCUGGCUCUGGAGCUGUUGCUACAAGCACUUCAAGCAUCUUCCAGUUUCACUUGACACAUCCUAACCAAUCUCAGCCUGGUGUAACACAAGGAUUUUUUAGCGUCCAGCAAGAUGGCACUGCUAAUGUUGUACAAAUGAACUCUAACAUGGUUUCUGGAUCAUUGCAAAAUGAACCAGCUCAGCGGCCUGGGCCUUCUCGUAACCCUGAGCCUUCCUAUGUCUGCAGCCAUUGUCAGAAGACAUUCAGCUCUAGGAAAAACUACACGAAACACAUGUUUAUCCAUUCAGGCGAAAAGCCUCAUCAGUGCAGUAUCUGCUGGCGGUCAUUUUCCUUGAGAGAUUACCUGCUGAAACAUAUGGUCACUCACACCGGGGUGCGGGCCUUCCAGUGUUCAAUUUGUUGCAAGCGUUUCACCCAGAAGAGCUCCCUCAAUGUCCACAUGCGCACUCACCGGCCCGAGCGUUUCCAGUGCUGCUUCUGCAACAAGUACUUCUCUCAUCGCACCCUUCUAGAGAGACACAUUGCUACACAUACAGCCUGAGAAGGACGGACCAUUUCAGUACUAUCCCUACUCCUUAAGCUUAUUUUAAGUAUUUAUUUUAGAGCGGCUCCAGUUAGAAUGAAGACUUAUGUUCCCAGUGAUAUUCAAUAAGGGGCCUUCAGUUUUUAGAAGCUUUUUUUUCUCUAAUAUACAAUGAAGUGUACUUGGAUUGCAUGGCAACAUUUCCAAAGGUAACGUAACACAAUGCUGUUUAAUAACACCCUUAGCAACAAUUAUUUCUCUGAUCAGCAUGAUACCGUGUUACUUUACCCCUAGAAUAGAACCUCAUGAAGUGUUCUUAUCUAGAAUAACAUUUCAAAAGGGUUUUACCCCAGACAAGAGCAGUAUUUCUUCAAAAUAAUUGCUUAUAAUGCAGUUAUGUCACAAAGAGGGUCGUUCCGGAAUCAGGAACAGCCUCCUAGAGUUCACUCUCAUAAAGAUUGCUUAGUCUACAGUCGUCUGAAUAUACAGGUUCUAUGUUCUAAGAAGAUCUGAGUUUGACUGCUAGCAAUCUCUGUAUGAAGACACAAAAAAAAAAACAAUAUUCACACUAAGGGAAGCU